AUGAGCUACAUGGAGAAGCCCAGCACCGAGACGACUGCCGCCAAGGAGACGCCGGCGACCACCGAAGACUACGAGAUCGUCAACAUGCCAACGCCAGACGUGGCGCCAACGCCAGAGGGCCCAAUGGAACAUGACAUCUCGAUCGACGGCGUACAAGACGAGGCCACCGCGGAUAGCACACAGGAAGAAAACGUGAGCAAGCCCGAGGCAGCUCACGUCACUCACGAGAUAGCCCAGCCGGAGCUUCCAGCAACCCGCAUCCAGGCGUCUCCAAGUGCCGAAAUGACACCCGAGGCAACGACAGAGCUUGCCGCACAAGCGCCGGAGAGCCGACUCGACACGACGAGCUUGCACCGCGCGAUGAGGAACCCACAAACGAAGAACCACCCACCAACGUUAACGUCCAGAACCAGCGCCCCGUAUGCGUUCAAGCGUGUGCCCGUCGUGUCUCGGGAAGAACAGAAGCGCGCUAUGGCAGGCAAGUCCGCAGAGGUGACACCACCGACCUCUGAACCCGCCAUGCCAUUCAUCUUUAUGCAGUCGUUCCCGACGUCCCCUUCCCCGACGCACAAGGGCCAUGCCAGCACCACCCCGCAGCAUAAAGUCCACACACCACCGCAGCCCAAGCACAUUCGCAUCGUCGCGCAGCCGCCGGAGCAGCCCAAGAAGCCCGUGACGGUCACAGUUCGCGUCAACGGCGUGCCCGUUGCGCGCGAGGUCGUGGGCGACGAAGAUAUUGUGUUUGACAUCCAAGCUCCGCAGCCGCCGCGCGCCGACUACGCCGCCGAGAUCGCCCGACUCCAGCGUCUCCAAGAGGCCCAAGAGGCGCUCGACCGCCGCCUGUGGCUUUCGCAAACUGGUAUCCCCCACCGCCCCACGCUCCACGAGGUUUCAUACAAUGCACAGCCCCGCGUCUAUUACAUGUACUAA